AUGGCACCUGUACGCUCGCGACUGAACAAAGCACGGCAGUUCCUCACUGGUGGUGCAGUGUUCCGCGAGGAUUCAGACGACGAACUCGGCUACGAUGACCAUCCAUGGGAGUGGAUCUACAGCAACACCAGCACAGAGGAUGCAAACACUGACAAAGAUGCAACACCAAAGAAACGAAAAGCGGCGCCGACGUCGCUAGGGAAUCGAAUUGUUGGUGCGCGCAUGGGGAAUUUCAAAUGUAAAGUAGGAGAUGCCGUACUCCUGAAGGCCGAGGGCAACCAAGCCUGGGUAGGCAUCAUCUGCGACUUCCAUGAAGACUUGGAAGACGGAGAGAAGAUGGCCAAAUUUUUAUGGUUCUCCUCAGAGAAAGAGAUUCGCAACCAAAGCAAAAAGCGCACCGAUUUUCUUCCUAAUGAGCUAUAUAUCUCGGCAACUUUUGAUGAUAACCCCUUAGAAUCGAUCAAUGGAACAGCCAGAGUUUUGUCCCUGGAGCAAUUCCAGAGGCUCUAUCCUGCAGGUGUUAAGAAAUCGUCCAAGGACUUUGGCAAAGUCUUCGUUUGUAGGAGAGGGUGCAAUACUCGCACGACUACGUACACACCCGAAUUCGUCUGGGAAGACAUUUAUAAAGGUGCCGAGGAUAUCGACAGCUUGGUGGAACUCGUGCAAAGCCAGACGAAAGCAACUCGAAGGGGCGUCGGGCGACCCAAGAAGCCAACACAACGAGACUUGGAUGAGUUUGUCGCCCCAGACUCUGACGACGAUGGCGCUCCCAAAACUCCACGGAAGCGCCGCAAACUCGACGAGGCCACCACACCCAUGUCAAAUAAGAAAACUCCUACCUCUCGCAAGUUUCUCACACCAACGCACAAACGUAUAGUACUCAAGAAGCAACUUGAAUUUACACCAUUGGGAACACGCGUGCUUUCUCCUUCGGCUAUGAAUUCACCUUUUCAGCAAGCACGGAGCCAACUCCAUGUGUCUUCGGUGCCCGCGGCACUCCCCUGUCGUGAAGAAGAGUUCUCUACGGUCUAUAGCCAUUUGGAAGCUGCCAUCACAGAUGGGUCAGGAUCAUGCAUAUACAUUUCGGGUACUCCAGGGACAGGCAAGACUGCAACCGUUCGAGAAGUCGUGGCGCAGCUUCAUGCCUCAGUCCAAGCCGAGGAGCUGGAUGAUUUCAUAUUUGUCGAAAUCAAUGGCAUGAAGGUCACCGAUCCACAUCAAUCCUACUCUCUGUUGUGGCAAGCGCUACGCGGAGACAGAGUAAGCCCAUCUCACGCGCUUGAACUACUGGAGAGGGAGUUUUCUACCCCAAGUCCACGUCGCGUCCCUUGCGUUGUCUUGAUGGACGAGCUCGAUCAACUCGUCACAAAGAACCAAUCAGUCAUGUACAACUUCUUUAAUUGGCCUGGGCUUCGGCACAGCAGGUUGAUUGUGUUGGCCGUCGCAAAUACUAUGGAUCUUCCCGAGCGCACAUUAAGCAACAAGAUUAGCAGUCGAUUAGGUCUGACACGUAUAACCUUCCCUGGUUAUACUUACGACCAGUUGAUGCAGAUCAUCCAGUCCAGGCUAGAAGGCGUACCAGGCAGCCUUGUGAAGACGGAUGCUGUGCAAUUUGCUGCGCGCAAAGUCGCAGCUGUCAGUGGAGAUGCGCGACGUGCUUUGGACAUUUGUCGGCGGGCCGUAGAAAUUGCGGAGAUGGAGCACGCAUCACAAGACCACGACAACGAGGCGCAGCCUACAACACCGAGUAGAACCGAUCGGGGAGAAAAGACAAAACUACUGCAAACCUCUCGGCCGAUCAAAUCUACCGUAGAAGACGACGCCGUUGCAAUUAAACGGGCGGGACCGACUACGGGCCGAAAGGGACUUGUUACGAUCACGACGAUCAAACAGGCGAUCAAUGAGGCCACGAGCAGCCCCCUGCAGCAGACACUACGGGCUCUUCCGUUGGUAAGUAAGGUGUUCCUUGCAGCGCUCUUGGCACGGAUCCGUCGGACAGGCAUCGGUGAAGCGGUGCUUGGCGAUGUGGUGGACGAAGUGAAAAGACUAGGCCUGAUGAGCCAGCUACAGCCUAUUCAUGAAUACCUACUUGCCCCUGAAGGGGAAUAUGGCGGAAAACUAGGCACGAUUGGGACUACGAUGCAGCCAUCGACACCUUCCAAACAUAGAGAUGGCCAGGGCAUAGGGCCAAAGUCAUCAGACCUCAAAGCAGCACGAGCUCUCGGUCUCGCACUUGCAGCUACUGAACUUGCAGAAGCCGGCAUCGUGGGCGUCGAGGCCCGACAUGGCGAGCGCGUUGGCCGCGUACGGCUAGGUGUUGGAGAGGACGAAGUGCGACUUGCACUAGGGGAGGACGAGUCGGUCCAUGGACUCGGAUUCGGCUCAUGA